GGUGAGACGGGGGGGGACGGUGGUGGUGGUGCAAAGAGAGACGUCUCACGUUGUGGCUAUAAAUAUAAAUACACACGGACGUUUGUUGUUUCCUUGGAAAAGGGGGUGACUUGGAGAGAUGUCGCCUCUGCUUCUUCUGCUCAUUGUGCUGCGAGGAGCCUUCGACGCGUUGGAGGAACCCGGGCUGCACGCGAUCCUAAAUAUAGCCCCAGGCAAGCAUCCCCAGACAUCUCCCGCCACCGCCCGAUCACCAACAUCCUCGUCUACAAUCCGUUUGUAAUUCAUCAUUUCCAUCUUAUUUUUAAUAUACACACACAUUCAUAUUAAACCACACACACACGUAUUACAAUAGAUCAUUAGAACCGGCAAUUAAUUUAUAGUAGAAAGACGUGCCUUCGGAUUAACGGUGUGUAAAAAAAUAUAUUUAAAAUAUUGUUACACUCAGACAUACAUUUCACACACACACAUGUAUACUGCAUGUGCAUUAUAGACUGUAUCUACAGCCCACAAGAUGCGCUACCUGGUCUAUUACUACCACUACUAUUACUACUACUAUUAUUACUAUUACUACUACUAUUAUUACUACUACUAUUACUACUACUCGUGGUAGGGGCUUGCCAGCAAGUCUGGAUCAACAUGUGGUGUGAGUGGAUGUCCGUGCUGCCGCUGGUGGUGCUGGUGCUGGUGCCAGACGCAUCGGCCAAGGCCUCGCCUAUUAAGGCUCCGAGCGUAAUCGGCCACUCUUCCCGACACCGGCUCAUCUCACUGCUCCAACACCACAGCGGAGUCUCGGAGGAGCGGUCCAUCCGCCAGUGGUUGGGGGUGGAGGAGUGAGACGCAAGACCACAGGUUGGUGCGGACCCAGCGGCUGACAUAAAGAGGGAGCUGCAUUGGCAAGGUGGCGAGUCACAGUUCUCUCAAGCGGUCUGACCAGAGCCAGAGAGAGUCACGGAGAGAGAGAGACGAGGAUGGAGAAGACGGCUCAACUAACUCUUACUACCAGCACCUCCGUUUCCGACGUCCGGGCGAUGACGGGGGAGGCCGCGGAGGCGCCCACACCGACCGCGCCAGCGGACGAGUGGAACCAAGUGAUAGGAUGUCUGCUCAUCGUGUGCUGUAACCUCCUUUUGAGCGGGGCGUUCUCUCUGCAGAAGAGCGUGCACGUGCGUGCCGGGCUGGGCAAGUGCGCUCACCCGUACGCCACCAGCCCCGCGUGGCGCCUCGGUCUGGUGCUCAUGGUCCUGGGCGAGACGGGAAGCUUCGUGGCAUACGGGUUUGCACCCAUCAUCCUGCUGGCGCCCGUUGCCGCCAUCUCCAUCGUGGCGAGCAGCGUGCUGGGGGCUGUGUUCAUGAAGGAAUGCGUGCGACCCUUUGACGCAGCUGGCCCGGUGGUGGUGGUGGUUGGCGUGUACCUCAUUGGCGCCUUCACGCCUAACACUGCGCUGGAGCUAUCUGCCGCGGUGUUGGUGCAACGCCUCGUGGGCUGGCAGUGCCUCCUCUAUGUGUCAGUGGAGAUGGUUGCCUUCUGCCUGCUGCUGUAUUUUUACCGACACCGCGGGGUGCAGAGCGUGCUGAUGGUGCUGGCGCUCGCCGCCCUUCUCGGCUCCGUGGCCGUGAUCUCCAUGCAGGGCGUGGCAGGGAUGCUCGUGUUGUCCGUGGCGGGGAGCAUGCAGCUCACCUACCCGAUCUUCUACGUGCUGCUCGUCACUAUGAUGAGCUCCGCCUUCUUCCAGGCCGACUUCCUGUGGCAGGCGACGGAGCAGUUCGGCUCCACUCGCGUCAUCCCCAUCAACUACAUCUUCUCCACGAUCAGCUCUGUGGCUGCAGGUGGUAUUUUUUACCAGCAGUUUCGUGGUGCAGCCCUUCUCAAUGUCCUCCUCUACAUCCUGGGGUGCCUGCUGUGCGCUCUGGGCGUGCUGCUCGUGACGCGAAACCGCGGCAAGACGCCAUCGCCGUUCCUCACGGCCGACUUCACCGGCGCGACCGCGGGCCUGGCUGCGGCGACCCCCGACCCCUUCGCCUUCUCGUACCGCACGCUCGUCAAGGAGGAGCGCGAGCGGGAGCAGCAAAUGGCGGCGACGUCGCUGCCGCCCCCCGAGUUCGUGCUGCCCCCCACGGCGGGCGCCUACAGCUCCACGCGGCAUUGAGUGGGUUGGGGCGGGGGUGGCGGAGGUGUAAUCUUGGACGCGCUGUAGAAACGUUUGCGACUGUCUGCUUUAUCGCAAUGUGAGAGCGCUCAAGGCGCGGGGGGGUGGGGGGGGCUGCAUUAGCAGUGGUGAAUGAGCGCAGGUCGGAAGCGCGGCCUUGUCUCCGUCGUAAUCAUCGCUGCCUUUGGUCUACAUACACCUUGGGUACGUUAGGCGGUCGCGGAAUUACAGCGUUGGGACGCAGAACCUGCAAAUUGGCCGAGUAACGGCGCGUCAGAUCGUCGGUAAGCAUCGAAUGUUGCGCUCACGAUUACACGCGUCGGGUUGUACGCGUGUUCGAAUCGAUUUUCUGCGUCGUAUCCAAUGGGGUUACCAUAACCCCUGCAGUCACUAGGGGUCGCUACACUCCGUACAAUGGAUGUAAAAAAACACCCAGUGGAUGCGUGAAUGGAAUCGUGAGCCUCGAUCGAGACAAUCGUGUCGAGAGGAGGAGACAAUGGCUCAGUACUGAUCAUCGCACACGUUAACUCGAGCAUUUCUUGGAACUUUUAUCUUUCGUAAGAGUUCCUUUUGCCGAGCAGAUUGGCACGAUUUGCACAAGAACCCACCUCUUCUGUGUAGUGUCUAAUUUCACCCGCGCUGGUAAUUGGGUGGAUGUCGAAUCGCCCAGAUUACGAGGUAUAUUAAAAAGGCGAAUAUUUUGAAGCUGUGGCCUGCCUCCGCUCAGAAGAAUGGCCAUUGCCCAGGAAGUUAAAGCUACUCUUAAUUGAGGCCAAUCCACACGCUGCUGGCAUUAGUGCUCCUACAGCACGGGUGUCCGCAGUUGUUCUGUACAGCUCUGCGAUGUGGUUUCGGGUUAUGUUGUUUGCCACGAUUUCCGACGUUUUUCUGCCCGAGUUGGGAGCCUUCAGCAGCCGUCCUUGAAAACAACCCAAAAACACAUCGGAGAGCAAUGUCAAGGCAUUGUUUUGUUUAUUUCAAUGACAAUGCGCUGACGUCUUCUGUCGCCAGCACCGGGGAAAAAGAAACAUCGGCAAGGAAGCGCGUUUCGGAAAGUUUUUGUUCUUAUUUUGAAUGUGGCCCCACGUGCUCUGCGUUGUAAGGCAGUGUUGCUGAUGACGACGACUUUGGUGAUGAUGACCAGGAACAGAGUUGGCUUCCCUCUCAUCCCCCUCACUGAAUCCAUUUGCGGUCGAGUCUCGGAAGCGCUGAAGGUUGUGGCCUGGGCACACGGCUUUAAUUAUAUUUGUGAUGACAAUGCGAUCCAGGUGCCGUUACACAGGGUUCCAUUAUUUUCAUUACCUGAGCGCAUGUGCUUGAGAGUGUGGGUAGGCGCCCGCCGUUGCCACUUGCCCCCAACAGUCUGUUAAAGACUACUGGGGCAAUAUUUUGUAUUUUGCAUAAAAGCGGGGAGUCAUAGCGCAGUGGUUAGCGCACUGCGCUACGAACCCGGCGACCUCGGUUUGAUUCUCAACCACAGCUACCGUCAGUGGCGAGUGAUAUCAGAACCGGGCCUGCUCCCCUCCUAGGUCGACUCAGCCUUCAAUGAGUACCCUGGUAGAGUGUGUAAACAACGUCUGCACUGGGGAGACAAAGGCGGCUGGGAGUGGUGCUUGCCACACCAGCCCCGUUGUGUGCUGUCGUCCAUAACGGGUGCCCGCUAGCAGCACCUGCCCAUCUUUUAAAGGCUAUACAAGGGAUCUCUGUGUGCAUAAUAGUGUGUGCGCGCGCGCGAGUGUGUUGCAGUGCAGUGUGUGCACGCACAUGUGAGAGUGGUGUGAGGUGAGCGAGGUUCUCGUGCAUGGGCCGUGCGUGCGGCGAGCGUGCGUGCGUUUGUGCCUUCGUUAAUACGUGCGUGUAUUUUUGCACAGGUGAGCGAGCAUUACCGACCGCAGUGUGCUGACUGUUUUUUUUAUCGUUUUUUUUUUUUGGAUGUGGGGAAGGGUGGGGACAGUUCUGUCUUAGGAGCCCCGACCCUCAAAUCCGGUCCCAAUAAAAAAUAAUGCGGGGCAACGCAAGGGGGUGCCGUCGCCAUCGCUGGUUGAUGGCAUUCGAUCGCGAACGGCUGUUGCACACCGGCGCGGUUUACGCAAAUCGCCGGCGGUGUUAUGCGCGAGCGUGAACGUGGAAGCAGUGUUAAAAAUUUUCGUUCGUAGGGUGGAGACCGCGUAUUUUGUCGAGUCGACGUGCGAGGGUGGAGGAAGCGUGAUGAGGACGCGUGAAGAGGAAUGCAAAGAGCAGAGCCGUGGGGGGGGGGAGGGGGCGGUGGUGGGGCGUCUGCGUCGAGAGUGCGGGCGGCGAUGCCGGACGACGGCCGUCGUACGGAAACGCCGCUUCGGUUGCGCUUGAGUGGCGCAGAGUUGAACUCCGCUUUGGGUUUCCCGGUCCCGUGACUCGUGGCGGCUGCAUUGAUUUGGAACGUGAUGGCAAAAGGUCGGGUAAAGGUUUGUCAGUCCGGCAGUGCGAUGUGGCUUGAUGUGGCGUAUGAGCGGGCCCACGUCUCGUGGUGCUAUACAGCCAUCGCGGGCUGAUAAAGAACCCCCAAAAUUAACAUGCAGACCUAUGACUCGUAGGAAUCCCAAGAAUCAGAUACAUAGACUGACACAAACACCCAUAGACUUACAUAGAGACCCAUACAUUUACAUCGAAACCCUCAAGUGUGGAUUUAUAUAGUGUAUAAAUGUUACCACGUCUCAAGAUGGGGCAAUGUUAUAUUGAUGGAGUUGAUGGAGGUAGUCGGUCAUAGGCAGCGGAAUACGGGGAAGGUCUUGCGCCUUGACUUGAGCUGGGGCGCGCAUCAAAAUCCAAUGUUUACAAUUUAUUCAACUUAUAUGCAAACGGCAACCCUGCACGUCAAUGGAGAGACAUUGAGACAGCUGCGAGACGGACAAAACAAAGGAGUCUUUUUAAACACGAUAAACGCAAACCAUGUCUGGACAGCAUCGUAGCCCUGAAUCGAUGACGAUGACGACGAUUACCAGUGUUGGGACUCCCACCAGAGCAGUUGUCCUGGGAAGCAGCGUGGACAUUGUUGCUCCCUUCUGAUAAAGAGAGCGCCAAUGUCCGUGCACGCGCGUGCACACGCGUCGUCUGUUGAGUUGCUGAGGCCUUCCCCCUCGCUCACGCUCGGGCUUUAAGGCGGUGACACGGUCGAGCGGGAGUGCGUCCGUCGGUCGUUACCAAAGUGUGGGAAAGUCUGGAACGGAAGUCGCUCGAAAGGAACUCUGAGGUGGCUCUGUGGGAUCUGCUUCCGUGAGCCAUUGUUUAAUGAAUACUUAGUCCCAUGAGGUACUACCAUUGUCACAAAAUUAUUUCUGAGCUCUCCACUCAUUUGUUCGGUUUUCAUUCUCAAAUCAAAAUGGAGAGCUGGAAAUACGACAACUUAGCAAGGACGGAUUUUCUUUUUGUUCAGCAGAUCCACCUAACACCAUCAGGUCGGUCCACGUAAACAACAGUCUGCUCACAGACGGCUGAAACCAGCAUUCAAACCCAGGUUCACGACGGUGCUGGUGCGCCGCUCGCUCGUGCCCCCCCCCCCUCUUGCCCAGCUCGACGAUCCGUAGGUGAUUGCGACAGUGCGCGCUAGCGCCAGUUUCAGUACCUGGGGGCGAUCCGAACUCCCCGAACGGAACGUGACCACCUCUGACUUUUAUCGCGUAAAAUUCUGUCGCGGUGAAUUUGAAGGCUCGUUUAUUUAAAGGGACACGCGUUAUAAAAAAGCAGCUUUUGUAAGUGAAUAUAUUUUUUCCCACUGCAUUUCAAUUGUUUAGAAACGUGCUUAAUUACUCCGUUGUAAAGGCAUUUGCUAAAAUGGGACGUCUAUUUAUCACUUGACUGACAAGGUGUCACCAUCACCAUUGACAAAUGAAAAAUGUUACACGAGCAGAAAUAUAUAUAUAAAAAAAAACAUUUACCUGUGUCAUUAACGCAGCCUUGCAAUGGACUCAAACUGGGUAAAGAGUUUUGAGAUGCAGCUGCAUUCAGAUUCUAUACAAAUAGAAAUCCUAUAAAUUAUUUACACGUAUAUUUUAAUUAAAACCUGUCUGAGACCACGACACGGCAUCAUUGGAGGGGUGGUGCCAUCCCGUGGUUGACAGGGGCCCUGGUGCAAGGAAUUAGUUGAGGGCCUCCGUACAAUUUUGCUGCCUCGUCAUCGUCCGGGCAGCUGGGGCCCCUUCUGGCACGUGGGGGGUGCAGUUGUACGGCCCGCACACUGGGUAGCUUCAGUUUUUUUAUGUUAAAUAAUAGAUUGACAUUCCAGGCAGAGCAAUAAGAGAGCGAGAGAGAGAGAGCGAGAAAACAGCAUUCGUGAUUAUGAUGACGAUGGUGGUGGUGGCUUUAUUUUCAGUCCGAUUGCACUUGCAUUCCAAUGAGUUUUGUUUACCUUUUAACCCGUUCGCGCGUUAAUAAUUGUUAUUUAUGCUGAACUUUAAACCGGUUGAAACUUUGAAAAGUAGAGUGUUUAUGGGGAGCAAUAGAGGCUUUAGAUCUGAAAGCCGAGAAAAAUGCUCUGCAGAGUGCAGUUUGCUCCGAAGCGGUGUCUAAUUUCUCACUCCGUAUUUUUUCCGGAACGCUGCGAGGCUCCGAGUAGUUGCUUAUAGGCAUAAGGUACUACCGCUAUACCACCAAGACACGCCUCUCCAUAAUACUAUAUUGUUGUACCAUGUAUUCCUAUCAUCCUGUGGGGACAAAGUAAGGUGAGAUGGAUGUGGCGUGACCAUUUAAGCCGCGUUCCGGAAUCUUCCGGCUGAGAUUAAGCACUGCUUUUAAACCUCUGGUGUGUUUUUGUUGUUGUCAUUGUUGCCAAUGUAUACAAUUUAUAUUACUUUUUUGCGCGCUUCGCGGUUCCACUUGAUGACGGUUUGCUAUGAAUGUGUGCAAUCCACAGCAAACAAUAAAAAUACAAGCAUCUUGUUUAAAUGACACCGUG